AUGGAUUGUGAUUCAGAAUGGCAGAAGAUGAUGUCACUGAGACUUUCUAGUGUGUUAGAUGACAUUGGAGUGACACAAACCAUGAUCAGAAAAACGAGAAGAACUUUCAUGACAAUAGAAAAAAUGUUUACUAUUAAUGCCCGCUUGAUAAAAAACAGUUUAGAACUGUCCUAUGUAGGAAGUAAAAUUGAAGGGACAACAACUAUUGGAUUGGAUUCAGAUAGAGAUGCGAAUAUAAAAUUUCCUACCUACAUUGUGAUUGAAAGUAUGAGUGAGUUUUGUCCAGGAAGGAUAAAUCUUUUAAUGAUUAAAAAUGAGAACACUGCUUCACAAUUCUGUUGUUUACAAAGGGUAGGAAUAGAUGUUGCUGCGCCUGCUGAGGUCCAAUUAACCUCUACCGAUGUAAAAGACCAAUACGGCAGAGUUCUAAUGACUCAUGCAGAAAUAGACGAACCAAUGAAAAAAGCUUUUAAAAAAGUGAUUACGCAUGGACCUUCAAGAAGUAUGGUGGACGAUAUCGACUUGGUUUUCAAAUUUCCAUGUUUAAAGUUACCCGAUGAAUGUAAAUAUGUGUCACGACGGCCUCGGCCUGGUCACUGGCCGCUUCCAGAAACCAUUCAAAAGAUCGGAAACUGUGAAUCAUGUGUAAUUCCACAGGGCUCACAUUAUAGUGCAAAUCCCAAGAUUGAAUGGUGUUUUUCAACUUCACAGAUGGAAAGAAUUUUGAUGUUCGAUUUAAAUCUUGUACAAAUCAAAGUGUAUGUUACCCUCAAAAUUCUAAAAAAGUCUUUUAUUCAACCGUUAUUAGGUGAUCGGCUUACCUCUUACCACAUGAAAACUGCUGUUCUUUUUACUGUUGAAAACUAUAACUCUGAAGUCUGGACUGACAGAAACAUUGUCGCAUGUGUUAUUUUGUGUUUCAAGACUCUCCUAAGAUGGGCAAGGCAAUAUUACAUGCCUCAUUAUUUUAUUUCAGAUGGCGCCGCUAACAGUGCAAAUCCCAAGAUAGAAUGGCGUCUUUCUACUUCACAGAUGCAAAGAAUUUUGAUGUUCGAUUUAAAUCCACUACAAAUCAAAGUGUACGUACUCCUCAAAAUUCUAAUAAAGUCUUUUAUUGAACCAUUAUUAGGUGAUCGGCUUAGCUCUUUCCACUUAAAAACUGCUGUUCUGUUUACUGUUGAAAACUACAACUUAGAUGUCUGGACUGACAUAAACAUUGUCAUACAGAUGAACGACUAUAAUCAGAAGCAGGUAGCUCUACAAAAUCUCGCUUUGUAUGUGAUGUCCAAUGACACAGAUGGGGGGCACCACGAAACUGCAGUCAACAUGCUAGGCCACUGCUAUGAGAUGGAGAAUAAACCAGUUAUGGCCAUGCAUGUAUAA